ACGUCACACGUCGCACGCGACCCAGUUCACUUUUACGGAAGACGGAAGCUGGGUUAACCCUACACAAUAAUUGUGUUGGUUUCCUCCAGAUGCUCUGGUUUCCUCCCACAGUGCAAAUACAUGUAUUUCGGGUGGAUUGGUUUUGAUUCAGUUAUGAAAUGACCAUGUCAUUCGUAUUUUCACAAACCUUUCCGCUUGCAUUACCUACACAAGUGCAAGUACAAACAGUACCACCACCAGAACACACAGAUCCUAUAAUUCAAUGUGUUAUUGAUGGGAACUUGAAGAAGCUGAAGAAGCUGAUUAAUAGAAACAGGGACAUCAAUGGCCUCUACCCCUGUGCAAUCUGGGGAGAUUAUAUUACCCCUUUGAUGGCUGCAGUUAGGUCUGAGAAGGAGGAUACCUGUACAUUCCUCUUGAAAAAUGGAGCAGAUCCCAACAAACCUUCAAGAUUUGGCUGGAGAUCACUCCAUUAUGUUUCACAUUCCACACUAAGUAUUCUGAGGAAAUUACUUGAAGCCAAAGCAUACCCAGAUGAAAUACCAGGAGAAGCUACUACACCACUUCAGAAUGCUGUUCAGAUGGACAGAGCUGACAUUGUGAAAGAACUGAUAAUGGCUGGUGCAUUUCCAGAUGGCAAUUAUGGAAAAAAUCCAGAGGUUGAUGAAAAAUUAGUCGAAAUCAUCACUCAUUUUGCUACAAAAAGUGAAGAUUUUCUCAUUAUGAAAAUAUUUUUUGAUUUUAAACAUUUGGUUUUACGUAAAUCACCAAAAGAAGUGUUUGAACACUUUAGAAAAGACUUGUUUAAAGAACACCCCAUAACGCACUUGACAUUGGUGGACUUCUUUUUCAGGAAUGAGGAGUACCAGCAGAUAUGCAUUAAAUUCCUAAAGGAGUCUCAGAAACUAGAUUCAUAUAUAGAGGAAACCAUUGAACGAUUUUCUCGAAUUCCACCUAGAGCACAAUGGAACGCUGUAAACAGCCUAAAUGUGGUGUUCUGCAUUGUGAAAGAAGUAUCUGUUGAGGAUUCCCUUAAAAUAAUCCCUAAACUACUGAAAUAUCUUUCCUCUGAGAUACUGGGAAAAGAAGUGCGUGAUGAGCUCAGAAUGAAUAUCAUCAAACUGCUAUACAUAAUUACACAGAAGACAUUGGGAAAGAGAGAUGGCUGGGACAGCACUUUGGCAAUGAGCCUUUAUAAGGGUGUUUUACCUUUCACAAAUUCAGUUCAUCAUUCUUCAUUGAGGACUCUUACUUAUGCCAUACUUGCUAACCUGUUUGCAUUUGAAUGUAUUCCCCCUGCCAUGGCAUCCUCGGGAGUGACCUCAGUGCCUGAGGUGGUGCUGAGUAAAGCAGAGGUAGGGAUGGAUGAAGACUUGAAAGAAAAACUCAGGUCGCUAAAUACAGCUCUUCAGAGUCCACCAGGUGCUGCUCUGCAGCCUGCAAAUGUUGUAAUUGAGGAAUCCAAAAGUUUCAGCUUGUCAAUGAAGAAAAAGCAAAAGAAGAAGAAAAAGAAACCUAAACAAUCACAGUUACCAACGCAGGAGGAAAGAAGUGGAUGUCCUUCUGGACUGGAAGACAAAUCCAUAAGUAACACAGAUUCUGAUCACGAGCUUGGAAAAUCAGUACAAGAGUCAGGCUCUAUUAAUGACGAUCUAAGUAAGGAGAUAAGGACUUCUGUCAGUGAGUCUACAACUGCGCAACGUCAGUGGUAUGAAAUCAGUGUUCGGUGGAAGUCGCAGUUGCAGAAGUUUGUCAGCUUAAGUGCAAAUGAAGUGUACAAAGUUGGAAGCAUAAACCUUGCAGUGAAUGAAAAUUUCCGAAUUGCAAAGGGGAGCGAUGGAACUGAAGUGUAUCUUGGCUUGAGAGACGAUGGUACAGAAGUGGCCAUUAAAAGAAUGCUCAAGUCAAACUAUCAGGUUCUGAAGAAUGAAUGUGAGUUUUUGAGACUUCCGAAGCUGGAGAGUCCUCACAUUGUAAGAUAUAUUGAUUUUGCUGAAGAUGAGAAUUUUGGCUACCUGGUGCUCCAGCUUUGUGAGUACACUCUGGAUGAAUACAUCAAAGAGCACGUACCCAAGGACAACACCUCUGUCUUAAAGAGAAUUGUGUAUGACAUCCUCCACAGUCUAAGUGUCCUUCACAAUGACGACAUGAAAAUACUGCAUCGGGAUAUCAAACCCCAGAAUGUUCUGAUAGAUGUAAAUGGAAGCGCACGACUGGCAGACUUUGGCAUCAGUCGCAGACUUCAUUGGCAGGAAACCACUCUGCACACCGCCAGCGUGGGAACAAGGUGCUGGAUGGCCCAGGAGACGCUGGAUGAAGAUGCUAGAAACGCAUACAAACGCUCCUCAGACAUUCAGGUGGCUGGAAUGCUGAUUUACUAUAUGCUCUCUGGUGGACACCACCCUUUUGGGAAAGGAGCCCUUUGUGAAGCUAACAUUUUCCAGGGGAACUAUUGCCUGGAUCAGGUGGAAGAUGAAGUUGCAAAGGACCUUAUAGAAUGGAUGAUCCAGAAGGAUCCCAACAAGAGACCAAGGAUUGAUGAAACACUUGCUCAUCCCUACUUCUGGGAACCAGAGCAGAGAGUAGAGUACUUGAAGAAAAUGGGCAAUCAGAAGGAAGUUCAGAAUUACAGCGAUGCUAGUGAUGAGCUCCUUCAAAACAUCAAUGAAUACACCCAUGGGAGGUCCUUUGCUCAGUGGAAGUCAAAGCUGCCUGCCGAACUCAUUCAGAAGCUGGAAGGCAAGAAGAAGGGGUACCCUGAGAACACCCUGGGGCUGCUGCGCUUCAUACGCAACCUGCAUGAGCACUACCCUACAGAUGCUGAAGCACUUGACUUGAUGGCCACCUUCCCGGACCUCUUCAGCAGCGUGUACAAGUUUGCCAAAAAAAUGGACUGGAAUUCAAGACCAAAUCUUAGAAAAAUCUUCCGAAAAUAAACCUGUGGGGGUCACCUAUAGAUUCAAUCUACAGUUUUAAAUUCUGCAAAGAAACAAAACUUCGAGCUGAAACAUGUGCAGUUUUAUUGUAUAAUUUUUUUUUUUUUUUUUUAAAAACUACUGAGGGCACCAAUACCAUUUCACAGCUGCUGUGAAAUAUCUGAUAUGUUAACAUCCAGACCCUGUCCUUAUGUUUUAAUGUAAGCAAUGCAAUGUUGAUAAGGUAAGGAGGAGGUGUUUUGGAGAGCAAUAGUUAAAUGUGGCCUGUGUAGUAACACCGCCUGAACUGUGAUCACAUUUCAUACUUGUAAAUUAUUAGGCUUUUUAGUUCCAUUACUGGAUCCUGUGUGAUAACACACAGAAAAAUUAAGGAUGGCUUUCAAAUCAGGUGUAUGAAAUUAGAAUGGAUUGGCUGGAGGAAGAAUAGGAUGCUUUUACUACUAAAAGAAUUGAGAAAUGUUAAGAUGAUCAAGUGAAUGGUGCUUAUUCAAAAUGUAUUUUAGUUUGUUCUUUGGCUAGUGCCUUUAACGAAAGCAACCUAAAACAUUUCACUGUACCUGCUGCCUUUGGACCCAAAAGUCAUUAGUUCAAAUUCCACCUCCAGCUGUGGUACC